AUGGAGGGGCCCUCUGACAAACUUUUGCGGGAGCCCUUCCAAGCCAGCCUCAAGCGAGAGCGCUCCAGCUCCUACACCACCGAGAGAGGCAGACCGACGUCUCCGCAUCUUCGGCGGCUUCGGCCCCUGACGACAUCGUCUUCUGAGGGCAAAGGCGCUGCGGACGGCGACGGCGAGGAAGACCCGCAUGCUCGGCGGCACGCCGAGCCGGAGCUCUUCGAACUCACUCCUCUUGGCGGAACCGCCAACAUAAACGUGCGUGCGACGCGCUUUGGUGUAGAGGGUCUUCGCAUCGGGCGCGAUCCCAGCUGCUGUGACCUGGUGCUUCCCUCGAACUUGGUGUCGCGGCUUCAUUGCGUGCUCUCUGUUCUUGGUGAUGACGUGUUCGUGCACGACAACAGCUUCAACGGCACUUUCAUCAAUGGCCGCCGGGUGGGGCGAGGCCGAUGCUCUGCGUUGCAUCCGCGCGACACACUUUCCUUCCUGAACCCCACACUAGAGGAGGCAAGCCGGUGUGGGUUUGAGUUUGCGUCGUUGCCGGGGCACUCCUCAUCAGGCUUUACAGCAGUGGAAGGACUGCAGCGGUACGAGCUAGGGCCGGUGCUGGGCCAGGGGAGCUUGGCGGCGGUGCGGCUUGGUAUAGACGGGGAGACGGGGGCACCAGUCGCUAUCAAACUGAUUGAGCGGGGGCGCUUCUCCUGUGAGGAGGCUGCGGCCUCACUGCACACGGAAAUUGAAAUGAUGCGCAGCAUGGAUCACCCACACGUUGUACGGGUGGUGGACGCGUUUGAGGGCAGCGGCUGUGUCGCAUUGGUCAUGGAGUACGUGCGAGGCGGCGACCUGUUCGACUACAUCGUCGGGCGUGGACGCAACCCUUUCACCGAGGCUGAAGCGCGCCAUCUCUUUGGGCAGCUCCUCGAAGCGGUUUUGUACAUUCACGGUCGAAGCAUAAUCCACUGCGAUCUCAAGCCAGAGAACGUGCUUGUUGACGUCGUCAAGAGAGGGACCGAUGACGAGGUUGACACGACCUCAGCCUCGGCAACGGCAACGGCGACGACGCUGCAGACCGACGGCGAUGCCGCGCUCUCCGUCGUGGACGAUCAUCAGGCGGAGGCAAAGGCGGUUUCGCCAUACGACGUGAGGCUAAAGCUGGCGGACUUUGGCAGUGCCAAGUACGAAGGCGGCGGCGCAGGGGGCGGCAUGCUAGAGACCACCGGUGCCGCCACGCCAGUCUACGCAGCGCCGGAGCUGGCGUGUUUUCCUGCGGACGGAGCUCCACCGCAGGAGAUCAGUGCGGCGGUGGAUGUGUGGUCUCUGGGAGUGCUCCUGUACAUUCUCUGCUCUGGCACCGUACCGAAGCCCCCCCGCUCUGACACAGUCGUCGCCUUCAACCGGUCCAUGACACAUCUAUCCGUUCUGUGUAAGGACCUCAUUGCGCGCAUGAUGACCGUGGACCCAUCGCAGCGCCCUUCCCUCGCCGACGUCUGUCAUCACCCCUGGCUCGACGGCGUCACGAUCUCCGGCGCACCGGACAGAGGCGCACUGGGCAGCAAAGACGUCUUGUCUGUGACGGCGAAGCUGUCGCCGAGCUUUCCGGAGGCGGCGAAGCCGCUGUAG